AUGCCCUCCAAUCGGAGCUCCUCGGGCAUCAAGACCAUCCUUCCAACGGGGGACAUAGCCAUUGAGCACCUGGACCCUGAAACAGUGGCUGCCACUCUAUCCAGAGCUGUGGUCCAUCGGUGGCGAGUGUCCAGCAGUGAUAUCAUGCGCAACAGCCCAUACUUUAGGGCUCUCUUGGAUCCGCAUAAGUUCGCGGAAGGCAAAAACCUGAUGCACCAAAAGAUCCAAACCCAGCAACUAGCCUCCGAAUCUACGGUUGGGAGCCUAGACUCUCCCGACGACGAGCAAGCCUGGAACACGGAUGGAUUGCCGGUCGUUCGACUUCCAAGCGAUCACUUUUCCUCGCGUCUCGGAACGGAUGCCAUUGAGCUCUUUCUCGAGGUUCUGUCCUACGACUCAUAUGAUGACGAACAACAGCGCGCGUUUGACGCUAGGCUCAGAGUGCAGCCUGUGUCCCUUGUCUCGAGAUUGGUGGAACUAGCCGAUGCUUUCAACUCACCGCAGGCCGUUCAGAAAGCUCUGACACAGUCAGGUUAUGCUUUUGGCAAGGGGAAGGUCCCUCUCAUCAGGUUCGAUGCAGCCUCCUUAUUGAAGCUGCCCGAGGAUCGGAUCCGCCAGACCAUAUUCGUGGCUCGAUUCUCCAAUGAGCACGCCAUUGUUCAGGUGUACACCCAUACCCUCGUCGUGAUGGGGUCGAGAUAUUGGUCGAAUGGCGUCGUUGAAGCUCCUGAAACUCCCACGUUUCCCUGGCGAUAUCUCACUGGUGGAAUAGAAGAGGAACUUUACUUUCGCCGACAGUGCGUCCUCAACACGAUCACUGACCUGCAAGCCCACUUCCUCCGUGCCUACGGAGCUCUCGAAGACCCGACAGACGACGCCUACCCUUCGGCCACAGCAACAACAUCCACAUCUACGGCCACGACAACUACGACAGCAACCCCCCAACCCCGACCCCCAUUCUCCCUGCCCGCCACCUCCACCACCCUCCAUCCUCGCCCCUUCCAAUGCCGCUACGGCUUCGCCAACUCCAGCGCCUGCGACGCCUUCCAUCUAGGCCAAAUGACGCGCUUCUUUGCGUUACGCACCAAGACUAUCUUCCUCGGCUCCACCCUCAUCGACGACCCGGACUUUCUUCUCACACUGGAUGAUGAAGACCACGAUAAUGACGAAGCUGAUGAUGAAGAUGAUGAAGAUGCCAACCUAAUAGCCGAUCACUCACCACCUCCCAUUCAACAACAACAACAACAGACAAAUAUAGCCACACUCCUCGCCUCCCUCAAACAGUGCCCGGACUACCAGAUAGACACCAACCACACGGGCUGUGGCAUCCGCCGCCGCUUCCUUCCGCCGCUGGACUGCAUCGAGCGAUUCGUCGGCGACGCCCGCGGCCUGCUGGGCGUAAAUCUCGCGCCACCGUCAUCGUCAUCGUCCUCGCAGGGGAGUGGUUGGGCCGCGACGACGACGCGGUGGACCCUGACUCCCGGGUCGUGGGCGAACCGGUCCCGUCCGCGCGCGUUGGUGCUAGAUGUGCAUUUGUCGCGGAUCAAUGCUAUCCCCGUGCUGGCGCGUGGGGGUGGGAGGAAGGUCGAGCGAGGGGUCCGGGUGGGCAGCUCGCAGGAGGAGAAUGCGAGGUUGUUGUUCACGGCGCGGAGGCGGAAUUGGGAGGCUUAA